AAAGUGGACCUCCUCUGAGGAUAAUUGUGGAGGCAGCUGUGGAGGCAGCGGCAGGAAGACAAGGACUAUGCAUGGAGAUCACACAGAGGCCCAAAUGAAGAAGUGUGGAGGACAUGAAGGACAGAAGAUAACAACUUGACAGGCUGGAAAUGAAGUUCUUACCUGUUUUCUUCAACUUGCCGACUAAAACUGGAUUAAAAGGUUUUUCUUCCAGCAUCAUCAUCUUCAUCCACUGAGCCGCACAUCUGUGGACCAAAGGCACACUGCUGAUGUCCUCACUGGGAGAACAACCACAACCAUGGUCAUUCUACAGCAGGGCGACUACGUGUGGCUGGAUUUGAAGAGUGGUCGGGAGUUUGAGGUUCCGAUUGGUGCCGUGGUCAAACUCUGUGACUCGGGACAGAUCCAGGUGUUGGACGAUGAAGGAAAUGAGCACUGGAUAUCCCCCCAGAAUGCUACCAACAUCAAGCCCAUGCACCCCACCUCCAUUCAUGGCGUGGAGGACAUGAUUCGCCUGGGAGAUCUCAAUGAGGCUGGGAUCCUGCGCAACCUGCUCAUCAGAUACAGAGAGAAGCUCAUCUAUACAAACUGUGGUGGCAGGACAUACACAGGUUCCAUACUAGUGGCCAUCAACCCGUAUCAGCUGCUUCCUAUCUACACGGCAGACCAGAUCCGCCUCUACACCAACAAGAAGAUCGGUGAGAUGCCGCCUCACAUCUUCGCCAUUGCUGACAACUGUUACUUCAACAUGCAGAGGAACAACCGCGACCAGUGUUGCAUCAUCAGCGGGGAGUCAGGAGCCGGAAAGACGGAAAGCACCAAGCUUAUCCUGCAGUUCUUGGCAGCCAUCAGUGGUCAACACUCAUGGAUUGAGCAGCAAGUCCUGGAGGCCAACCCCAUUCUGGAGGCCUUUGGCAAUGCAAAAACCAUCCGCAAUGACAACUCCUCUCGCUUUGGGAAAUACAUUGACAUCCAUUUCAACAAGAGAGGAGCCAUCGAGGGAGCCAAGAUAGAACAAUACCUGCUGGAGAAGUCACGAGUUUGUCGCCAGGCCCACGAUGAAAGGAACUACCACAUCUUCUACUGCAUGCUGAAAGGCAUGACGGCUGAUGAGAAGAAGAAACUGGGUCUGACCAAAGCCACAGACUACACCUACCUAACCAUGGGAAAAUGCACAGUGUGUGACGGCCGUGAUGACAUGAAGGAAUACUCCAACAUCCGAUCCGCCAUGAAGGUUCUAAUGUUUACUGACAAAGAGAAUUGGGAGAUCUCAAAACUGCUGGCAUCCAUAUUGCACAUGGGCAACCUGCGCUAUGAAGCCCGUACUUAUGACAACCUGGAUGCCUGUGAGGUGGUCCGCAGCCCGCAUCUUACAACUGCAGCAACACUAUUAGAGGUGGAUGGCAAGGACUUGAUGAACUGUGUGACAAGUAGAACUUUGAUCACUAGAGGAGAAACAGUUUCCACUCCCCUCAGCAUGGAGCAAGCUUUGGAUGUGCGCGACGCCUUUGUGAAGGGUAUUUACGGCCGCUUGUUCGUGUGGAUCGUGGAAAAGAUCAACGCUGCCAUCUACAAGCAUCCAUCCUCACAGGCCAAAGCUAUCCGACGCUGCAUCGGACUGUUAGACAUCUUUGGCUUCGAAAACUUCACAGUCAACAGCUUCGAGCAACUUUGCAUCAACUUUGCCAACGAGAACCUGCAGCAGUUCUUUGUGCGUCACGUCUUCAAGCUUGAACAAGAAGAGUACAACCUGGAGAACAUCAACUGGCAGCACAUCGAGUUCACUGACAACCAGGACGCCCUGGACAUGAUCGCCAUCAAGCCCAUGAACAUCAUCUCACUCAUCGACGAGGAGAGCAGGUUCCCUAAGGGCACUGAUAGCACAAUGCUGAACAAACUCAACUUUCAACACAAAGUCAACACCAACUACAUCCCACCAAAGAACAACUACGAAACACAAUUUGGCAUCCAACACUUUGCUGGAGUUGUUUAUUACGAAACCAGAGGCUUCCUGGAGAAGAACAGGGACACUUUAUAUGGUGACAUUAUCCAGCUGGUUCACUCUUCCAAGAACAAGUUCAUCAAGCAGAUCUUCCAAGCAGAUGUUGCCAUGUUUCUGUGUGGUUUUGCUCCUGCUUCUUGUCUUCCUUCCAGCACUCUCUCCAAGGGGGCGGAGACCAGGAAGCGAUCUCCCACUCUUAGCAGUCAGUUCAAAAGAUCUCUGGAGUUGUUGAUGAGAACUCUGAGUGUCUGUCAGCCGUUUUUUGUUCGCUGCAUCAAACCCAAUGAAUACAAGAAGCCCAUGCUGUUUGACCGGGACCUCUGUGUGCGGCAGCUGAGGUACUCGGGAAUGAUGGAGACUAUCCGCAUCCGCCGUGCAGGGUAUCCCAUUCGCUACACCUUUGUGGAAUUUGUGGACCGCUACCGUGUGCUUAUGCCAGGAGUCAAGCCAGCAUACAAACAGGAGGAUCUGAGAGGAACCUGUCAGAGGAUUGCUGAGGCUGUGCUUGGCCGAAAUGACGACUGGCAGAUGGGAAAGACCAAAAUCUUCCUCAAGGAUCAUCAUGACAUGUUGCUGGAGAUUGAGAGAGACAAGGCCAUAACCGAUAAGGUCAUCCUCAUCCAGAAGGUUGUUCGAGGUUUUAAGGACAGAUCCAACUUCCUUAGGAUGAGGAAGUCGACUGUGUUGAUCCAGAAAACUUGGCGAGGAUAUCUCUGCAGAAAGAAUUAUGGAGCAAUGCGGGCAGGCUUCUCUCGCCUCCAGGCUCUUGUCCGCUCCAGGAAGUUGUGUGCGUCGUAUCACGUGGCCCGACAGCGCAUAACAGGCUUUCAGGGUCAUUGCCGAGGCUUCUUAGUGCGCCGUGCUUUUAGACACCGUCUGUGGGCCGUCAUCACUAUCCAAGCUUACACCAGAGGAAUGAUUGCACGGAGGUUAUACCGCAGACUGAGGGGCGAGUAUCGAAGGAGGCUGGAGGCUGAGAAGAUGCGCCUGGCUGAAGAGACCAAACUGAGGAACCAAAUGUCUGCAAAGAAAGCCAAGGCUGAAGCAGAACGCAAACACCAGGAGCGUCUGACCCAGUUGGCCAAAGAGGACGCAGAGCGGGAGAAGAAGGAUAAGGAGGAGGCGAGGAGAAAGAAAGAGCUGGUGGAACAGAUGGAACGUGCCCGUAUGGAGCCUGUCAAUGACUCAGACAUGGUGGACAAAAUGUUUGGCUUCCUGGGGACUACGAGUUCUUUUCCUGGUCAAGAAGGACAAGCUCCUGCUGGAUUUGAGGACCUGGAGCGAACCCACCGGGAAAUGGAGGAGGAAGACUUGGACGAGGCUCUUCCUUUGCCAGAAGAUGACGAUGAAGAGGAUCUGUCUGAGUACAAGUUUGCCAAGUUUGCUGCCACCUACUUUCAGGGAACCACCACACACACAUAUGUCCGGCGACCUCUGAAACAGCCACUGCUCUUUCAUGAUGAUGAAGGAGACCAACUGGCGGCUCUAGCCGUGUGGAUCACAGUCCUGAGGUUUAUGGGAGAUUUGCCGGAGCCAAAAUACCACACAGCAAUCAGUGACGGCAGCGAAAAGAUUCCUGUCAUGACGAAAAUCUACGAGACCCUGGGAAAUCAGACGUACAAGAGGGAACUGCAGGCACUCCAAGGGGAAAGAGAGAUGCCUCAGUCCGACAGUCCUCGCAAGAAUAGUAUCCGACAUAAACUGGUCUCUCUGACACUGAAGAAAAAAUCUAAGAUCACUGAGGAGGUCACAAAGCGCCUCAACGAUGGCGAGUAUGGUGUCCAUGGUAACAGCAUGCUGGAGGACCGGCCAACAUCCAACCUGGAGAAACUCCAUUUCAUCAUCGGUAACGGCAUUCUGAGGCCAGCGCUGAGGGAUGAGAUCUAUUGUCAGAUCUGCAAACAGCUGAGUCAGAACCCCUCUAAGAGCUCUCAUGCUCGAGGUUGGAUUCUCAUCAGUUUGUGUGUCGGCUGCUUUUCUCCGUCAGACAAGUUCCUCAAGUACUUGAGGAACUUCAUCAGCAGCGGGCCACCGGGUUAUGCUCCAUAUUGCGAAGAAAGAUUGAGAAGAACAUUUGUGAACGGGACGAGAACACAACCUCCAUCCUGGCUGGAGCUGCAGGCAACCAAGUCUAAGAAACCCAUUAUGCUGCCGGUGACGUUCAUGGACGGAACCACUAAAACGUUGCUGACGGACUCGGCCACAACGGCCAAGGAGCUCUGCAACACUUUGGCUGACAAGAUCAGCCUACAGGAUAGAUUUGGCUUCUCUCUCUACAUUGCUCUAUUUGACAAGGUCUCCUCUUUGGGCAGCGGGAACGACCACGUCAUGGACGCUGUGUCUCAGUGUGAACAGUACGCUAAAGAGCAGGGAGCCCAGGAAAGGAAUGCCCCAUGGAGGCUGUUCUUCAGAAAGGAGAUCUUCACACCGUGGCACUGUGCUGCUGAUGAUACAGUCGCCACCAACCUCAUCUACCAGCAAACUGUUAGAGGCGUCAAGUUUGGAGAGUACCGUUGUGACAGGGAGGACCUGGCAGAACUGGCAUCUCAGCAGUACUACGUUGACUACGGCUCAGAGGUCCUACUGGAGCGGCUUCUGAGCCUCAUCCCGUCCUACAUCCCGGAUAGAGAGAUUAGCAGUUCCAAGACAGUGGAGAAGUGGGCUCACUUCAUCAUGGCGGCCCACAAAAAGGGCAUUUACACGCAGAAGAGGUUUGACCCCCAAAAAGUCAAAGAAGAAGUGGUGGAUUUUGCUCGCCACAAAUGGCCCCUGCUCUUCUCUCGUUUCUAUGAAGCCUUCAAAUUCUCCGGUCCAAGUCUGCCUAAAAACGACCUCAUUGUUGCCGUCAACUGGACUGGUGUUUAUUUUGUCGACGAGCAAGAACAGGUCCUUUUGGAACUUGCCUUUCCGGAGAUCACUGCGGUGUCCAGCAGCAAGGGAGGAAAGUUGCAGAGUCAGAGCUUCACGCUGGCGACCAUCAAGGGAGAAGAGUAUACCUUCACCUCCAACAACGCUGAGGACAUCCGCGACCUGGUGGUUACCUUCCUGGAAGGCCUGAGGAAUAGGUCAAAGUUUGUAGUAGCACUACAGGACAGUCCCAAUGAGAAUGGUGAGCCGUCUACGUUCCUGAGCUUCCAGAAGGGAGACCUAAUCCUGCUAGACCAGGACACUGGCGAGCAAGUUCUCAACUCAGGUUGGGCACACGGUGUAAACGAGAGAACCAAUCAGAGAGGAGACUUUCCAGCUGACUCCGUCUACGUACUGCCCACUAUGACACGACCUCAGCAGGAGAUUGUGGCUCUCGUAACCAUGACACCAGACCAGCGGCAGCACUCGGUGCGAGUGUCGCAGCUCAUGCUUCCUGAGGGUGAAGACUCAGUCAAACCAUACACACUGGAGGAGUUCUCCUACGACCACUUCAGGCCUCCCCCCAAACACACACUAAGCAGAGUAAUGGUAACCAAGAAUCGGGGUAAGGACAAGUUGUGGAGUUGCACCAGAGAGCCUCUCAAACAACCACUACUGAAGAAGGUGGUCCAACACGAGGAUCUCGCUCAAGAGGCCUGCAUGGCAUUCAUCGCUGUGAUGAAGUACAUGGGUGACUACCCCUCCAAACGCACUCGCUCGGUCAAUGAGUUGACCGACCAGAUCUUUGAGGGAUCGUUGAAGACAGAACUUCUGAAGGACGAGAUCUUCUGUCAGAUCAUCAAACAGCUCACUGACAGCCAUGUCAAGUACAGUGAGGAAAAGGGCUGGGAGCUGUUAUGGUUGUGUACUGGUCUCUUCCCACCAAGUAACGUGCUGCUUCCGCACAUCCAGCGCUUCCUACAGUCUAAGAGACAACACCCGCUCUCUGCUGACUGCAUGCACAGGCUACACAAAGCUUUACGAAACGGUUCCAGGAAGUAUCCUCCACAUCUGGUGGAAGUGGAGGCCAUCCAGCAUAAGACCACGCAGAUUUUUCACAAAGUUUACUUCCCUGAUGACACAGAUGAGGCAUUUGAAGUGGAGUCCAGUACCAAAGCCAAAGAUUUCUGUCAGAACAUCUCCACCAGACUGCUGCUCAAAUCUCCUGAGGGAUUCAGCCUCUUUGUCAAGAUUUCUGACAAGGUUAUCAGUGUUCCAGAAGGAGAUUUCUUCUUUGAUUUUGUGCGACACUUGACUGACUGGAUCAAGAAAUCGCGCCCAGCAAAAGAUGGAAUGGUUCCCUCUCUGACCUACCAGGUGUUCUUCAUGAAGAAGUUAUGGACUAGCACAGUUCCAGGAAAGGACUCCUUCGCCGACUCGAUCUUCCACUACUACCAGGAGCUGCCCAAAUACCUGCGUGGCUACCACAAGUGUUCGAGAGACGAAGUUUUCCAACUCGCCGCUCUUAUCUACAGAGUCAAGUUCGAGGAUGACAAAUCCCACUUUCCAACCAUUCCCAAGAUGUUGCGAGAACUGGUCCCCCAGGAUCUCAUUCGUCAGAUGUCACCAGAUGACUGGAAAAGGUCUGUAGUGGCCUUCUUCAACAAGCAGGCUGGUAAAUCACAAGAAGAAGCCAAGCUGAUGUUUUUAAAGAUCAUCUACAAAUGGCCAACCUUUGGCUCUGCCUUCUUUGAAGUCAAGCAAACCACAGAAGCCAACUAUCCAGAGAUCUUGCUGAUUGCCAUCAACAAACAUGGAGUCAGUCUCAUUGACCCAAAAACCAAGGAUAUUCUGAUCACACAUCCCUUCACUAAAAUCUCUAACUGGAGCAGUGGGAACACCUACUUCCACAUCACCAUCGGCAACCUCGUCCGAGGAAGUAAACUCCUCUGUGAAACCUCGCUGGGUUACAAGAUGGACGACCUGUUGACCUCCUACAUCAGUCAGAUGCUUACCACCAUGAACAAGCAGCGAUCAGGGCGAGGUCUCAACAAGUGAACUUCUUACUGGCAGGAGGCCACAGAACUCAUCCGCCUCUUACGCCCUAUUGGUCACUACUGCAGCUGGGGGAGGACCUUCAGCCACCAGUUGUGGUGGAUGAGUCGUGGCGCUUCUGCCAGUUCAGAAAUGUCCACUCUCCCCGGGGGGAAUUCGGUUAGAAGCAGUAGUUAUGACGGCGACGACGACCCCGGCGAAGGUCCCAGUAACUACUACAACCUUUACCAGGACGAGGACGAGCUGUCUAGUGAGGAUGACUACCUCUAAAAAUGAUGCAACAGGGUUCUCCUAAUGACUGUUUGACCCAACUUCUCAUAUUCAAAAAACAGCCAAGCGUGUUUUUCGGAAGUUAGAGACAAUGUCAGUUAAAAAAAACAAACACCUGAGCUAGUUCUGCUUCUUUUUAUAAGAAAAAUAUCACCACACUUCUGCUGUAGGUCACUACAAAAUGUGUUGUGCUGCUGCAAUUGCAACUUAAUUUCUUAGCAUCCUUUGUAGUUUAUCCAUCCAUCCAUUUUCUACCGCUUAUUCCCCUUUGGGAUCGCGGGGGGCGCUGGUGCCUAUCUCAGCUACAAUCGGGCGGAAGUUUAGUCCGGUGUAAUUUUCGUAUAUUCCCCUUUCGGUAAGUACAAAUGCAUAAAAUGCAUUUGUUGGUUUUAUCGUUUUGUUGAUUAUCACUGUUGGUAAAUGUUUUUGUUUUAAAAUGCUGAAGUUGUUACUCAUGUUCAGAUGUUUUCUAGGAUGUUUGGACCCAGACAAGCUAUUUGUUGCAUUUCAGUGUAGAUGGUAAGUUAACUGUAGGUAUCACGUUAUUGAGGAUGUCACGUUGUUUAGUUUGCUUGGGUUUAUUUUGAUCCGAUUCAACAAUAGAGUAAGAGGUUCCAUAGUGCCAAACUUUACAUGUGAGGCCUUUGUAUUGUCUUCUCCGUGUGGAUUGUUAGGUGCUUGUUCCUGUAUAACUAGUUGAACUUACAUUAUUUGUACAAUAUUACACUUAAUUUAACUGAUGAAUGAUUUAUUUGUGUAAUGUAGUAAAUGAGACAUGUUGUCAUUUAAAUGCUAUAUGUUAGUUUAGUGUAUUUUAUACUGUAUACAGUAAAGUAAAAUAUGUACUAAAAUACAGUAUUGUCCUCAGAUUAGUUAAAGUUGUUCAGAAAUGCAGUGUGUUAUCAUUGAAUCAAUUAUAAAUUGUUUAACAAUUUUGGACUAUGGUAUCUAGCCUUUGCUUACCAACACGCUAACUAGUUACUCAAAUUUCACCUUGCAGUAAGUUUGUAUGUGGGUCACUGACAUGUGACAUGCAUAUUUUUGUGUAACUGCAUUAUUUCAGUUAAAUAACACAAUCCAUGCCAUGGUUGAAGGCCUACUGAAAUGAGAUUUUCUUAUUUAAACGGGGACAGCAGGUCCAUUCUGUGUCAUACUUGGUCAUUUCGCGAUAUUGCCAUAUUUUUGCUGAAAGGAUUUAGUAGAGAACAUCGACGAUAAAGUUCGCAACUUAUGGUAGCUAAAAAAAAAGCCUUACCUUUACCGGAAGUAGCAGACGAUGUGCGUGUGACGUCACGGGGUGUAGGGCUCCUCACAUUGUUUACAAUCAUAGCCAGCAGCAGCUACAGCUAUUUGGACCGAGAAAGCGACAAUUUCGCAAUUAAUUUGAGCGAGGAUGAAAGAUUCGAGGAUGAGGAAAUUUAGGGUGAAGAACUAGAAAAAAAGUUAAAAAAAAAAAAAGUAAAAUAAAAAAAUAGGCGAUUGCAGUGGGAGCGAUUCAGAUGUUUUUGGACACAUUUACUAGGCUAAUUCUGGGAAAUCCCUUAUCUGCCUAUUGUGUUACUAGUGUUUUAGUAAGUUGAAUAGUACCUGAAAGUCAGAAGGGUUUGUUGACGCCAGAGUCUCUGAGGGAAGUCACGAAGCUGCAGCAGGACAGAAGCUCCGCUGAUCUCCGGCAAAAGCCGACUUAUUACCACAAUUUUCUCACCGAAAACUAUCAUGUAGUAGGGAUCCAUGUAUGCUUGACCGCUCUGUUCCAUAGUAAAGCUUCACCUCCGGGAAUUUUAAACAAGGAAACACCGUGUGUUUGUGUGGCUAAAGGCUAAAAACUUCCCACAUCCAUCUUUCUACUUUGACUUCUCCAUUAUUAAUUGAACAAAUUGCAAACAAUUCAGCAACUCAGAUGUCCAGAAUACUGUUUGAUUAUGCGAUUAAAGCAGACUACUUAUGGUUUGGAUCGGGCUGGAAAAUAAUGCCCGCUACAACCCGAGACGUCAAACGCACGCGUCAUCAUACCAAAACGUUUUCAACACAACACUUUGACGGUAAAUUUAAAAAUUGCAAUUUAGUAAACUAUAAAGGCCGUAUUGGCAUGUGUUGCAAUGUUAAUAUUUCAUCAUUGAUAUAUAAACUAUCAGACUGCGUGGUCGGUAGUAGUGGGUUUCAUAAGGCCUUUAACUUUACUCUUAAAAAUUGAUUUAGUUUGAAUAAGGCUUUACUACAUUCAAAUAUAUUGGUGUAUGCUUCUGCAGCUGAAAUCCUUAAAAUUCUUAUUACUGGCACUUAAGAAAUGUCAGUAUUUUAAUCUAAUGAUUCACGUUUAUCCAUCCAUCCAUUUUCUACAGCUUGUCCCUUACAUUCUGAUAAAAAAUUAACAGCAAAAAUUUUGUGAUCCUUUAAAUGGUCUCUUAAUCUUAACUGUUGAAAUCUAUUGAGCUUUAUGGCUGAGUUUGUAAAAGAGCUUUAACAUUGUAUGGAUAAAGAGCCUCUGAAGUUUGUACACUUUCAUGUAGGAAUGCAGUUAUUUUUUUUGUCAAAACCAAUACCAUAUCAACCAUUUCUUACAAUCUGGAUUUAACUCCAUGUAGUUUGUCUACACCUUUCUUUUGGGGCAACUUAUUCAACAGUGCAGGCGUCUUCAUAGGCUUUCAAAUCACCAUCAUAGCAUUUCAGGUGGCUGACAAGGUUUGAUGAGUUGAGGUCUGUUUUUUUCCCACCACGCAGAAUGUUUGCGAACCAUUUGGUGCAAAUAGCAUGCAAAAUAUGUUUUUCUGAAAUAGUGAAGUCGUCCACCACCAUAUUUUGCAGUGAGCUUAGGGGACGUUUACGGCAGCCUGUUUACAACACAAGUAGGAAAAAAAUAGCGCUCAAUUUUCUCACCCUAUUCACCCUAACCCACCUCAACCACAAUACCUGUACAUGUGAUCUCCUCAUUGGACCAUUUUUAAUAAGUCAGUUUUGUUGUUUUUUUUAAUCAGAAUUAUGUCUUAUUUCUUCAUAUCAGUCUAUUAAUUAUUAAACUAUUGUUGUGUAACAGAAUUCAUAAGUGACAGGUACAAACAUAUUACCAAAAACUAAUACAACAAAUGGAAGCUUAUCUAAUUUGUUGUAAGUAAGGUAGCACAACUGGAAGGAAUGUUAAUUUAAUGUCUAAAUCGUGUAAAUGUUUAAAAGUUUUGUUAAUAUUUUUUAAAUACAUUUUAAAUGCCACAGUCAAAAAAAAUCAGCAUGACUGUGAGCAACUAAGCACUUUAUAGGAUCUAUUUAUUAUUGACAUGUCUGUCACAAAUACUGCAACUGAAAUUGCCACAAAACAUUUUCCCAGCAACCACAUUUUGUUUUAAUAACAGUUGACAAAGACAAUCAGAAUUUAGAAUUCAGACUUUUUCACAAUGUACCAAUAUCAUCAUUCAGCAUUUGAACAAAACAGCAAAAAUGGGUCAAAUUUUUAAUUUUUGCUCAAUACAGUCAAAUAAUUUGGGGUUUGUAAUAUGCACUGAAAAAUAAAUAAAUGGGUUUGAUUUA